ACUUUCAACGCUUCGGUCCUAUCGGGCAGACGAAAAGAGCAAUGGAUGACAUUUUAAAUGACACACAAUACGACACUGACUAUGAAGAUGAAGUCUGUGACAAAGGCGGAGUGGUCAAAUUUGGAUCCAUUGCCAUUCCAAUUUUCUUCUCCAUCGUGAUCACACUGAGCCUGACAGGAAACAUCCUUGUCCUUGUAAUCUUGGCACUGUAUGAAAACCUUAAAUCUCUCACCAACAUUUUCAUCCUUAACCUGGCCAUCUCUGACCUCAUUUUCACCAGCGGCCUCCCCUUCUGGGCCAUUUACCACGUCCACGGAUGGUUGUUUUCAGUGAUGCUAUGCAGAAUUGUGACUUUUGUCUUUUUCACCGGGUUUUACAGCAGCAUCCUCUUCCUGACCGUCAUGACCGUCUACAGGUAUCUUGCCGUGGUCCACCCUUUUUCUGACUUGAGCUCACAAAGACUCAGCAUUGGAGUUUUUGUGUCUGUGUUUACAUGGAUAAUCAGCAUUGGAGCUGCCAUGCCUUCACUGCUCUACAGCGCUGUCAUCACAAUCCACCACAAAGAAAAGCAGUCCCUGGGUUGUGAAUACAGUCAAAAAGUGUGGAAAAUAGUAGCUGUCUCCCAACAGAAUGUUUUCUUCUUGGUUGCUUUUGUGGUCAUGGCUUUCUGCUACAUUCGAAUACUGAUGAAAAUCACCAAAACAAGAUCUCACACAAAGAACAGAGCGGUCAAGUUAGUCUUCUGUAUCGUGGCUGUGUUCUUCAUCGGCUGGGUUCCGUACAAUGUGGUUAUUUUCUUGAGUAUAUUGGCCGACCACGUGAUUGUACCAUUUGACACAUGUGAUGCAAGUAUCGGUCUUGACUAUUUAUUCUUUGUGUGCCGUCUCUUUGCUUUCUCCCACUGCUGUUUGAACCCUGUCUUUUAUGCAUUUAUUGGAGUGAAGUUUAGGAGCCAUUUAAAGUCACUGCUGCAUCGAGUGUUCAAACGUCAAACUCGAACUGAGGAACAGCCAGUCAGAAUGCAAAAUCUGGUUUCACAAGGAUCAAUGUACUAGCAAUGUUAUUUUCUUCCACAUACACCAGUGUGCACUUUUUGAUUUUGUCUUGUCUUUUUUUCCCCUGUGUAUUUGAUUCAAUGUGUCAUUAUAGAAAUGCUAAGAAUCGUUUUAGAUGUCAGAAUCAUGCAUAUAUCAUACAAUUCCUGUCAGUAUGCUUUAAAGUUAACAAAGGCUGUGGUCUAUGGGUUGAUGAGUGUUAGCUUACACGCUUAGCUUAGUUUCAUGUAUAUGUCACAGCUUUAAAUAAUACAAUAACAAAAUAUAAAUA